CCAAUUCCAAUGCAACGACACGAUUUCGACAGAGAGUUUUUCUUCCUUCUUUCUCACCUGCGCGAGACUCUGUGAGCUCCAUUGCAUUGCCUCUUGCUGCUUUGAUACAAAUGAAGUUGGAAUGAUACGAGCUGGAUGCUUUGUUUUGUGUUCAAAUUGCAGUGAAGAAGCCGGGUAAAAUGAGCAAGUAUGGGUUGAACCUUCGGCCUGCCAAGCAGAAGCAGAAGCCACCAAGGCCUCCCCUCGCCACCCCUUUUGGCUUUAACGAUGAUGAUGAGGAUGACGUCGAGAGAGAAAUCGCUCUCCAGGCUGCAAAGAAAAAAUCUCUCAAGGAAGUUGAGGAGCAGCAAAAGAAGGCCUUGGAAGAAGAUCCAUCCGUAUUUGAUUAUGAUGGAGUCUAUGAAAAAAUGAAAGAGAAAGUUGCAAAACCACUGAUACAAGAUCGUGAAGAGAGAAAGCCAAAGUAUAUCCAAAAUCUGAUGAAAAAAGCCAAGGAGCGAGAGCAGUAUCGCGAGAUUGUGUACGAGAAAAAGGUUGCCAAGGAGAGAGACAAAGAUGAUCAUCUCUAUGCUGACAAAGACAAAUUUGUUACUGAAGCGUAUAGAAGGAAGCUUGCUGAACGGGAGAGACAGAUGGAGCUAGAAAGAAUCCGUGAACUUCAAGAGGAGAGAGAUGAUGUUACAAAGAAGAAAGACUUUUUGCUUGAUUUUUAUUCAAACCUUGAUAGAAAUGUUGCUUAUGGAGCAAAAGAUGCUCAAGGGAGGAAACGUGACAACCAGGCUGAACAUAGAGUUCCAGAGACACAUGAGGGGGUGAACCCUGAUGCAUCAGACAGGCAUCAGGAGCAUGGUGAUGCAUCGGAUGAAAGACAACAUUCAUUGGGUAACUCAAGUCCACCAGUGGAGUUUUCCAAGGAAAAAAUUGGUGAUCAGGGUGAACCUUCUAAUCCUUCCAAUAGAAGUAUCAGCCCCACGGAUAUGAAGCCAAAUCCUGAGGCUCUUGUAGAAGAAGAAAAUAAGCCAGUUGAACAGCCAUCAGCUUCUCAACCGAAGGCCGAUCAUCACAAAAGAAAUCAAGAUGCUGUGGCUGCAGCAAAGGAACGUUUUCUGGCACGUAAGAAGGCAAAGGAACAGUGAACAAUUUCCUGAUACAUAUUUGGUCUUUAGUCUGCGUGUUUGAUUUAAUAUCCAUGGUGUGAUGUUUCCUUAAAUGAUACAGAGCUUUAUCUGUGAACAGAGUCAUAGAAUGAAUUGAUACGCAGUAGUAUACGAUAUUUUGCCAAUUUUAUGAUAUCUAAUUUUGGUGCCAA